ACUGAGAUUGCCACAACACCGUUUCCGUCAACAGUCCAAGCAUGUUCUCCGCUAAGAGCUCCGUAAUUGUGGCCGUGAUCCUCGUCCAGCUGGUCGCCUUCAUCCAGGGUGGCAUCUACAGCACGGAUGACAAGUGGGUAGUUGUGGACAAGACCGUAGAUCUGCCGGAGGAAGCAGUGUUCGGCGGCUUUGAUCCCGAGGGCUACUACAACUACGUGGGUCGUGUGGUGUAUAGCAGCAAUAUCCUGCCGGCUCGAGUGGUUCCAGAGCUGGGAAGGGCCAACUACAACACCGACACUUUGGGCAACCAGGCCACAUCCUACGAGGUGCUGGUGGGCAAUGCCACCGUUAGCUACCACUGGAUCCGCAGCUUCGAUGGUUUCCGGGAGAAGAACGCCGUCUCCGUGGGAACGAAUGCUGUCAACGAUCGCGUCUUCAUCUGCCGCGUUCGCUGCGAUGAGGCACUCUUCAUUGGAACUCUGUAUCUGAACAAGAGGAUGUGCAUCGUGAAGCAUGAGAACCUGCCACUCCGCCAGUUCGACAAGUACGAGAUCCUGGUCAGGGAACGCCAUGUGAUUGACUAUGUUCCAUACCUAAUGUAGAUUCGCCUACUGUGCUGGGAGUAAAAUCUAAUCAAAUAAAUAUUUAUUGAACGAAAA